AUGGUGUGGGUUAUUAAUUAUAAUUAUUCAUUCCAUAUAGGAUGGAUUGGUCCUGUAUUAGCAGAUGAGACAAAGUCGCUUUGUAAGAUAUGUAAAUGUACUUUAGCUGCACAUAAAAAAGACUUACUGCUUCACGGUAAAAAUAGUAAAUAUUCAUUGAUUAUAGAUGAGCACUGCAGUCGAUUCCACAAAAAUGCUAUGCGUUAUGAUAAAUAUUUUAGUAAAAAGCAAACUAAGAUUGUUACGACUUUCUACAAACUUAUCGAAAUUGAAAAGGGAGAUGCCAUAACUAUCUCGGCUGCGGUGACAAAACAACUGGAGCUAGACGGUUUAAAAUUAGGCAAUCUAAUAGGAAUCGGUGUUGAUGGAGCCAAUGUUAUGAUAGCUCAGUUUUUCCAUAGUCCUAACUUUUUGAAUCGCUAUUUCCUCCUUCAUCUUAGGGCAAGCUCUUGA